UGUUGUAUGUAAUUAUUCCGCUGCACAUAAACCUAGACAGAAAUUAUAGCUACGAUUAGAUCGUUAGGCUCUUCGUUUUCCUUCAGUGGUAUCAGAGCCUAGUUCACAUCGUAAUACGUGUUGACGUUUUAAGUCGGAAUUUUAAAUUCAGAGAACAUAAUUUAGAAUUAUGCAUGAAUUCGGGUUUGCAUGAGUACGAUUAAAUGUUAAUAUAGUUGGACUAUCAUUAACGACACCAAAAUGAAUUUGGAAUGAAAUGAAAAUAUGUUUUCAGUCGAUGAGUCGACACUUUGAUAUAAAACCUCUCGUAAUAAUUUAAACCCUUAUACCGCCCACUAGUAUGACACUUGUCAAACUAUCGAUCGUCCGUGUCACGAGAUAAUUUGCUCAGCAGACGUGUCGGAUUAUCUUUAGAAGGCAAGAUAGUGAAAUGGUGGUUCACUUACGUAGGAACGUGGUUCGGGUUUAGUUAGGCUAUAGGAACAAUUCCGGCCUAAUGGUAUAAGAUGAGUUUGAACAUGCUUUAAAACUCAUUAGGGGUCAUGUUUGACAUGAUUGAUUUGAUAAGUCUACCUAAAUAACAUAAUUCGUCGUGGGAUAAUUUGCUCAGCAGACACGACUGUUAUGUGAAAUAUGGACCUUAUCCAUCACUAGAAAUAUUUUGAGGGUUAUUUCUUAGUGAUAAAAUUUGAAAUAUGUUCGUCUGUCCCCGUUAGAAUAGUUCUAAUUAGUUGCAUAUCCUAUUAUGUAGAAUCAAUGGCUAACAACACUCCCACAAACCCAUCCUCAUCUAGCUUGAGUUCCUUCAUUCGUUCCCUGAUGGAGCGUGAUCGGUUGUCUGGGAACAAUUUUCAAGAAUGGUUGCAUACCUUGAGGAUUGUCCUCAAUCAAGAAGGCAAAGAGUAUGUCCUUGAGCAACCUUUCCCGACAAAGGAACCAGAUGAUAAAGCCGAGAAAAGCGUGAAAGACGCUUAUCAACGGCAUGUGUGGGACAACGUCGAUGUCUCUUGCUUGAUGUUGGGAUCCAUGAACUUUGACUUGUCGAAACGGUUCAGCAAGGUCAACUCGUUCGAGAUCCUUCAGGAACUGAAAUCGGUGUUCGAGGCGAAUGCUGAUAUUGAUCAGUAUAACACUCUUGCUACAUUGCUUGUUUGCCGUCUGGCACGAGGUUCUCCUGUAGGACCUCACGUUCUCAAAAUGAAAGAAUAUUUUGAGAAGCUCGAGCAGUACGAGAUGGUGUUCCCGCCAAAGGCUGUGACCGAAAUCAUCCUCCACUCCCUGCAUGAUGGGUACAAGCAGUUCCGAAUGAACUAUAACAUGCAUGGGAUGAACAAGUCCGUGAUGGAGCUUCACGGCAUGCUCAAAUCGACCGAGUCUGAUCUCGCAUCCGAAAAGGAGAUUCUCAUUGUUUCGGGAAAAAGUUCACCAAAGAGAGGACGAAACAAGGAUAAGGUUUCUGACCAAUCCGCAAACGUUGCGAAAAGGCGCUUGCCGAAACCAAAAGAAGGUGAUUGCCAUCAUUGUGGCAAACCGGGGCAUUGGAGGCGUAACUGCCCUGCCUAUCUGGAAGAUCUGAAGAAGAAGAAGCAUUCAAAUGCUUCAACUUCAGGCGAUGCGAAGAAGUAGAUCAUUGGCAAAGGGUGAAGUCGAGCUUCUUGUCGGAAAUGGAGCAAAAGUUGAUGUUGUUGUCGUUGGGAAUGUUGACAUACUUUUACCCUCUGGACUUGUUUUGGAACUUCGUAACUGUUACGCUGUACCUGCAAUAAGCAGAAAUAUUAUUUCCGUUUCAUGUCUGGAUGCUGAUGGUUUUAAAUUUA